UCCUGCUCAGCUCUCGAGUUGCAUCGCUGACAUCGAGGUUGGUCCAGGGAGCAGCGCAGCCUGAGGCACUGUUCGAGGUGCGGGGAUCCAUCUAGCAGCAAGCAGAGCAGCGAUGGGUGGGAGGUCGGGAGAAACUGACCUGCGCUGUCCUUACAUUCUGGUCCAUAAAGAUACUGGUCAGGGCUGGGGAGAGGGCGUGUCUGACGGUGCCCUGAUUGAUGUUUGUCAGAACUCUGAGCACAACCCGAGUCUACCGUGGGCUUCUGGGACAGGAGUGCAGGAUGGUUGCAUGGGAGUGGGAUAUGGUGCAAAGAUCAGGCUUGGUGGGUCAGCUGAGGAACUUGCAUCUCAGGUGGUGCUGAGAGCUCACUUUCCCGCUUGGCUGGGAAGACUUUGUUACUAGCUGACCCCCACUCUCAGAUGAAUCUUGAGGUUUUCUCAGUACAUCUAAAAUAGGUGGGUUUUCUGCCUCUCGAGUGUUUCACAGAACGCCGGUAUGAUCAUGGAGUAUUGAUUGUCAUCGUUUUUCUCGGCCAGUCGGCCAGUCGGUGAAUUAAACGGGAAAUGCUGUCCUUCUGGGAUGUGGCCAUUGAUUUCUCUCCAGAAGAGAGGGAAUGCCUGGAGCCUGCUCAGUGGGAUCUGUACAGAGAUGUGAUGCUGGAGAAUUACAGCCAUCUGGAUUUCCUGGGUCUUGCUCUCUCUAAGCCAUUCCUGGUGACAUUUCUGGAGCAAAGACAAGAGCCUUGGGACGUGAAGAGACAAGCAGCAGCCGCUGUGCACCCAGGUGUGUAG